CGAGAUCAACGGAUCGGGUUGCUCCAAGCCUUGUUAUCCUCGACUCUCCAGCAACAGCCUUUUUCACAUCGCAGUAAAGCUCCCACGCAGCAAAGGUUACUACGGCUACUCUUUGAAACUUCCAGGGCUUAUCAUCAUAUUUCGUGCUCUUAUCAGUCUCGCGCUCGGUUGAUGACGCAAGGGCAGCGGCAGUUGCCACUCAACCCCGAGAACCCAUUGGCCGCUCUUAGCGCCAUUUGGCUGGGCCACAAUUCCCCGCUUGCCCUGUGCACCGAUUUCUUUCCCUCUUCAUCCCACUUGAAUUCGCAUUCUCGACCAUCACCGCAACUUUGCUUUUGCGUACAACUUUCGACUCUUGCUGGUACUAGCCGCGGAUUAUCACAGCCUUGAAAUAUACACUACACGUGAUACCUCCGACAACAUGUCAACCUCUGCCGAGGACCGCGAGGUCAUGGAGAGGAUCGCUCGCCUGGCCAGUCGCGUUAAUCGACACAAGAAUCAGCAGGCCGGCCUCAUCCCUCCCCCGCCCUUCCGAGCCCAGCACCGUAUGUCCAUCGACUCGAAGAGUGCCCGCCGCACCGAUAUUGAUUUUCCCAAAGAUACAGGGUACUACCGAGGAUCCCACCGCGGACAUCCGUACCGUGGUUACCAUGGUGCCCCGAGGCCUGUCCAUCGUAACAGGACUCUGGUUUUGAAUGGCGCCUCUCCGUCAAGUAGAUCUGUCAACGAUCUCGGAGCUUCAUCAGAUACCUCUACCAGUUCUUGGGUCCACAAGAAUGACCGCCAUCUUCAGAUCAUCAACUCCUCGGUCUACCAGCAGGAAGCACCGUCACGUCGCCAGGCAAUGGAACAAACUAGGCAACAGCAACUCGCCGCGAAAAACAGACAAGAGCGCGCCAAGUUGAUCGGUCAUCUCAACCGAAUGGCAAACAAUGGAGGCUAUGAGACAGCUAACCAUCAGAAAACCGCCGGCAAAUAUGUUAUCACCGUUGACGGCAUCCAAUUCACCGUGACGAAACAAGGCAGCAAGCUUGUCAAGGUUCCCGGCGAUGGAAACUCGGCAAAGGCAACCCCCAAGAUGGCCGUGGUUGGCGGUGUCAAGUUUUACAGAAGCAAGAACGGCAACCUGUAUCGGCAUGGCGUUGUCAAGGCCCAGCGGCAAUCUGGCACCGUGAAGAAAGUCAACGUGCCUUGCAAACAGUUUUCGAUGAUGGGCUCCUGCGCCAAAGGCCCCCAGUGCCGGUAUACCCACGACCCCCACAAGGUUGCCAUCUGCAAAGACUUUUUGCUGGGCGGCUGCCCCAACGGCGAUGAUUGCGAUCUCUCCCAUGACCCCACCCCCGAGCGCACCCCAGCCUGUUUGCACUAUGCUCGAGAUAGCUGCACCAAGUCUGAUUGCAAGUAUGCUCACGUGAAAGUGUCUACAGCUGCCCCGGUAUGUCGCUCCUUUGGCUUCUACGGCUACUGCGAAGGAGGUGCAGAAUGCCCCGAGCGGCAUGUGUUUGAGUGCCCCGAUUUUAGCAACACAGGCACGUGUAAGAUCCGGGGUUGUAAGCUCCCCCAUCGAGAGAGGGCAAGCGUCCUUCGCAAAGCGUCGAGCUCCAAGAGCGAAGACGUAGAGAUGGAGGAUGUUUCAAGCGACGACGAUGGGGAGUCUAUCGACGACUAUGAUGUGGACUCGGACGAGGUUGACGAGUUCAUUGGCGAGGAUGAGACUGGUGGUCUCGAUUUCACUGAGCAAAAGGACUUCAUCGAACUAUGAUGAUGAUGCGUGCCUUGCGCUGCUCUGACUGAUACGUUACACCCGCCAUUUCUUUCCUUUGCAAUUUGUUCUUAGCAGGCAUCGAUACCCUUUGUUUUUUGUUCUGUUCAGGAGAGCCUGGAGUUACCCGUCAACGACCUCGAGUCUUGACGAUGUUGGAUUAUAGAGCAAGAAAAAGCAAAAGUACAUAGCUAGAGAGGAAUUGAAGAAUAUUUGUACCAGCC